AGGGGAAGUCCCAUGUUCUUGGCUGUUUCUAUUUCUUAACAUUUCAGACCAGCAAGGCAGUACUUGAUCAGAGAUUCAAAGUCAUCACUUCCACUACUACUGGAGCAACCAGACCAGCUAUGUAGAAGAAACAAAGACCCAUCCUUUGACCAUGGAGCAACCACCACCCCCACCGGUAGCAAUCUCAACUCUAUUCACAUUCGUCUUCCCCUUCACCUUCCUCACAAUCUUCCUCCUCAGAUGGCUCGUCCCCGCCGCACCACCACAAACCCGCAACAAAUGCCUCCCUCCUUCACCGCCGCGCCUCCCCAUCAUCGGCAACCUCCACCAGCUCGGCCGCCUCCCCCACCGCUCCUUAAGCCUCCUCUCCCAGCGCUACGGCCCGAUGAUGCUCCUCCACUUUGGAGUCAAACCAGUCCUCAUUGUCUCCUCCGCCGACGACGCCCGUGACGUCAUGAAAACCCACGAUCUCGUCUUCUCCAACCGGCCCAGAUUGUCAGCUUCCGAUAGGCUGCUGUACCAUGGGAAAGGUGUAGCUUCUGCUACUUACGGUGAGCAUUGGAGGAGCGCAAGAAGGGUGUGUGUUCUUCAGCUCUUGAGCGCCAACAGGGUUCAGUCUUUUCGAGCUGAAAGAGAGGAAGAGCUGGGGUUGCUUAUACAAGAAGUUAAGCGUUUAACUUCGGUGUCAUUAUCUGUGAAUUUAAGCGAGAUGUUUGCUUCGUUUACUGUGGAUGUGCUGUGUAGGGUUGCUUUUGGGAGGAAGUAUGGUGGAUUUAAGUUUAGGGAGAUGCUUGGGGAGCUGAUGAGGUUGUUGGGGGGUUUCUAUAUGAGGGAUUAUGUUCCUUGGCUUGCUUGGGUUGAUUGGAUUAAUGGGUCGGAUGCGAAAAUCGAGAGACUUGCCAAAGAGUUUGAUAGGUUUCUUGAUGAUGUGGUGGAUGAGCAUAUGGGGGUUUUGAAAAUGAGAGGAGAGAGUGGAGAUGGGAGUGGAGAGGGAGGGAAGGAUUUUGUGGAUGUACUGCUUGAAGUUCAAAGCUCUGGCAAUGAGGGCUCUUCAAUUGAUAGAGAUAGCAUUAAAGGUAUCAUCUUGGAUAUGUUUUCUGGUGGAACUGAUACAACAUACACAGUUUUAGAGUGGGCAAUGACCGAAAUCUUGAGGCAUCCCAGAGUUUGUAGAAAACUGCAAAAUGAGGCGAUGGAAAUUGCUAAUGGCAAACCAGACAUCACAGAAAGUGAUUUAGAUAACAUGCGCUACUUGAAAGCAGUGAUCAAAGAGACACUUCGGCUACAUCCGCCAAUACCAUUACUCGCCCCUCGUGAAUCAACUGAAGAUGUUAAGAUAAUGGAACAUGAUAUAGAAGCAAAAACUAUGGUCUUUAUCAAUGCUUGGGCAAUUGGAAGAGACCCAGCAGAGUGGGAUGAACCAGAAGAGUUUCGACCGGAGAGAUUCAUGAAUUCUUCAGUGGAUUUCAAAGGGCAAGACUUUCAAUUACUCCCAUUUGGAGCUGGUAGAAGGGGCUGCCCAGGAAUCUCAUUUGCCAUGACUACUAAUGAGCUUGUGUUGGCAAAUAUUUUGCACAAGUUUAACUGGGAACUGCCUGCUGGAACAAGUGCGGAGGAUAUAAACAUGACCGAAUGCAGUGGUGUUGUUGCGCAUAGGAAAAUUCCUCUUGUGGCUGUCGCAAAACCGAGGUCUUUCUAGAAUCUUUCUGCUUCUGUUUUUGUGUGGAAGGUCAGGAUAAAUGUCUUAUCUUUCUGGUAUGAACUAGGCCUAUUUGGUUACACCUUCUUGCCUUGCUCUACUUUUCUGUUUGCAUUCUCUUGUUACUUUUUCCGUAGCUGGCCAAAACUCGAGGUAUAACAAGCCUCCUUUUUACACUGUAUUCUACUAUUUUCAGUUUCUGGUAGGACACCGUCACUACUCUA